UAGGCGUUAAAUGGUCUCCCUCGCAGACCGGUGUACACCACCUCCUUCGGCCCCAGAUUCUUCAUCGUCCGCGCCUCCGUCGCCGCCGCCGCCGCCACCACCAACAUCACCACCACCAACAGCACCGCCACAAUCAUCACCACCACCAGUACCACCACAAUUAUCACCACCACCACAAUCGCCAUCACCACCGCAAUCAUCACCACCACCAUCAGCAACAGCGUCAGAAUCAGUAACACCAAUAGCACGAACGACAACAGCGGAAGCAGCAUUAGAAACAAUAGCGUCGGCGACGACAGCAGGAACAACGACAGUGGUCGUCGCUACGGGGGCGGUGACAAUGGCGGAUUCGUCGAAUCCUUCAUGGUUCACUCCUAAGAGUUAUGCAGAUGGUAGCAGGGAGUGAGUUGGGAUCCGUUAGACCAGGGGCCCAAGCCCGGGAGUGGGUCAGGUCGUUACAAAUAAAGAAUGCUAUGAAUUUGGUUGAUGGUUGGUGAAAUGGUUCACGAUGGAAAAUGUUCAAUGGAAAAAGUUCUGAAAUAUGACUCGUCACUUCUUGAGUUGCUAAGUUGCCGGGCUUCAUCAUGCACAUGGAAAGCCCAUGAAGAUACUACUGCUAUCUACUAGUAGUGAAUGAUAUUACAAAAUAAAUAUUUUUCCAGGUGCUAUAACUUUGUGAGGUAGUGCUCUACUUACAUCGUCUGAACCUGUUUGGUAUCCUUUACACUAUUUCUUGUUAAACAGGACCAAGACCCAAUAUGAAAUUUAAUAAAAUGAAUUGGAUCUCUCGCACAUGGCAGCACUCUCGAUGGUGCAGAGAUACUAUGUUCCCGUCAGGAAAGGAAAUGAGAGAAAAAUAGUACCCAAGCAAUCCCGCUGUCAAUACUUCUCACAUACAAAUAGGAACACUCACCGUGUUGUGGUAGGGUGUGGUGCUCGGGCAAUCCAUCGAGAAAGAGGGAUGUAGAGAAAAAAGAGAAGAGAAAGGAAAAGAGGGAGCUUCCCGGCUUGGCCUAGAAAGCAAGUGAUCUAGGGUAGCAGGUGGGUCCCCAGGCCUUAAGCCUCAAACUGGUCCACUUUGGAUGCUCCUACCACUCUAGAGGGAAGUUUGGCCAGGUAGGCU